UCGUACGCCAAAGCAUAACCGUGUUCGUCAUGAAAUCCCAAACGAUAAUCAAAACUCCGCCUAAUUUUCGAAAACCAAACUUAGGGGGUUACAAAAGCAAGAGCACUGGCAUCGAAUACUACCAUGCUAGUACUCAAACCGUGAACCAAAACGCUCAGAAUCGCAACAACAAAGACUGUGUUAGCCGACGAAUUCAAGUGACUCCAAAGUGGAACAAAUAUCAACAGACCCCGGUUGAAUGUGGAAGCCAAACAACGGAGAUUCCCUCCUAUAAAGACGUCUUAAUGGAACCCUCGUUAACCUAUCAAACAGCGGAAGAGCUCAUCGCUGAACAAGAAGUCAAGAUUGUGGUGAUUCAAAAAGCAGUCCGGCGAUGGCUCAAAGCCAAGCGCGUUUUGCAAGCCAAAUCCGUCCUCGAAGAUCACGACCUCCAAUCCCUCGUGAGUUCAUCGUCAUCCUUAACAUCUGAUCGAGGUUCCGGACAGGAUGACCAAGAACCGUCGGGAGAGCUCACCGAAUACGAACAAAUGCUUCUGGAUCAACAGAGGCGACUAGAGGAGGAAAAGGCCAAAAGCAAGGCCAAAGAAGCCGACUUUGUGGCUCGGACUCGAAAAGCCAAACAAGUCGUGGCCCAAGCCAUGGCCAUGGCCAGAGAAGCUGCAGAAUUGGAUCGAGAUCGGAAGACAGCCCAAGAGCUCCAAGUCAGGAAUGUGCUUCUCAAAGCUGGUCAACCUCGAUUGUGGCCGACAAAUUCGCGACAAGGAACGAUUCGAGUGGAAACGCCCAGCACGCUUAAGGCCAAGGAGUUUGUUCAAGUGUUUGAGCAAUUACAAAACGAAAGCCAUAUCGAAGGAUUAGAUCGGCUAAGAGCCUUCAAAAAUGUCGCCCAAACUCUGGAAUCUCAUUCUCACGAACGCGUUGUCAAGAACCUGAUGAAGUUGAUCGACCGGGAGACGUUUUUGAUCGAGAGGCAGAUCCGUCCCAAAAAUUUGCAAGGGUUGCGGAAACGAAUCAUAUCGGAAUAUUCUAGAAUCAUUCGAUCGCCCAAAUUCAACCCCGAAAUCCAACGUUUCAGUGAAAGUGUCCCUUUGGUUUGUGAAGAAUCCAGCUUGAAAAGUGUUCAUGGAUUCGGUUUGCAAUUUUGCUUUGGCUGUCGCAAGCAUUUGGCCCGGAUCAAGUUCCCGCUGAGUAUCGUGACCAAUCGAUGCAAAGCCUGCGAAAGGUUGGAUCUCAAGGCUCGAUUGAAACAAGACCCCGCGCCCUACAAAGUCAUUUUUGAUUCCAUUAAAAUGACGGAAGAGGCCCUCAACGGUAUCAACUCGCCCAUAUUCCAAUUACAGGAAUCAGACGUUCGUUAUAUUGUGGAUCAUUUCUGGAACUGCCAGUCAACCUUGAGUGGAGAUGAUCAGAUCAAUAACCUACGAUUAAUCCGAUGGAACAUGGAUUUGGAGUGGUCCCCCUGGAAUUGUGUUCUGCUGACUAUCAAGGAAGCGGAAGUUCACCAGAGCAUAGCUAAUCCAUAUGAGACGUAUGGGCCGCUUUUAUUGGCCAAAAUUCGCCAGCGUCAAACGAGUGCCAGAAGGCACUUUUCGAAGCAACCCAUCUUGGAUAAGUACUUCACCAAAGGUUGUCUGGUCAUAUCUGGUGCCAUAAACUCCAGCAGCUUGUCCGAAGAACCUUGAGACAUGAUUCCUCACAGAAUAUUCUACUCAAUCUCAGGAUCAUCCCUUUCCUAGUGCCAAUUGACCUUUUAUUCCACGGCCGGAACACAACUUGGCAUUACAAUCAUAACCAAACGGGCUUAAAUCAAUUAUUUUUUCAUUAUUCGUCCACUAAUGAACUAGAUCAACUCAGAUUCUAAAAUCAAACAAGAUUGACUGCUCUUUACCAAAAGUCAUCGUCAUCUCCGAAGGAACUGAAAUCGUCGUCAUUGUCAUCAUCACCACUCCCAUUGCUGCCCAACUCGUCUUCAUCGCUGAAGGGGGAACCUCCCCCAGAAGAUCGGGAGGUCACUGGGUUGGGACGCAUUGUGGGUCGGUUGGUCACGGGUUUCUCUGGAAGAAACCAAUUGUUGUCCGAAUCGAAAGGCGGGCGAGCAGAAGGUGGGGGCAAGGUCUCUUCCGGACCCCAAUCCCACCCCCCGCCAAUACUGGCCCCCGUGGUGGUGCGGUAAGGAGGCUUCGUCGGCCCGGCAUUAUUCUGAUUGUUGCCGUACCAGCUGUUGAUAGUUUGUGGAUAGAAGUCUUGUCCAAAUGGAGGUCUGUCGGUCUUGGGACCACCCCCCGCCGAUGGGAGUCCGGUGGGUGGAGGAUUCCGAGGUCGGCCUUCUCUGAGCACGUCCAGGAUCAUGCUCUGCUCUUCAGUGGACAAUUCAUACCAAAUGUUAUCAUCGGGAUAGAGUCUUUUUCCUGGGGCGCCAUUGUAGUCGAGAUGGUUGAAGUAGCACAUACAUCCACCGGGCGUGCACCGACCCCCACCCAAGAGCCUCAACCGACACGACAUGUAGCAAUAGCGCCUUUCACAACUCGCCACGACGUUGAUGGUGGGUCUUGGGGGAUAACCCAGUAUAUUUUGGGCACGGACGGAAGUCAAAUCGAUGACCGGUCCCGAAUCAUAGGGCAAACUAGGCUUAGGUCGAAACAACUCCGGAUAAUGGUGGCGGGCGUAAUCUUCCAGGGCAUGUGUGGGGGCGGCAAAGGCUUGAUUAAUCUCGAUUUGCCUCUCAAGAUUUAUGGCUUUCAUGGCAUCCAUCGAGAUCCAUGGCGAUUUCCAUACCAUCCGGGAGUCGUAGGGUUUUUGCCAUUGAACAGGACUGUUCGGAGGACCUCGCCAAAUAUUUGGAUAGCCUCGUAUGUUGCUUGGAGGAUAGUCUAGGCCCCCAUUUGGAUAAUAGGCCUCAGAGUGUCCUGUUCAAAAAAUGACCAAUCAUUAGCAAGGUUUUUUUCAGCCAUGUGAGAGAUCAUACCUGUUGGCAAUUGGAACACGGUGAGGAAAAGAAUGAGAUACUCUGAGAUGGUGCCAAGUAACAGCAUGUUGAACCCGCAAUUCGACCCUUUGUUUUAGAUUAAAGCACUCAAUCCAAACUGAUCUGUAUAUGAAUAUGUCUCUCCCUCUCUCUCUUGCAUUCGAAGCCAUCCAACAACGAAGAUUGUCGACCUUCCCAAUUACAUAUUUGCCUUGCGAACGAAAUAUUGGCGAACACCUCUCAUCAAAGCAGCGCCAACAACGAGAAUCUCAACAGAGGAGAGCUUGAUUACUUUGAUGACGAUAGCCGAUGAGUGACCUCGUUUUGGAAUUUGAACUCAAAGCUCAAAGUAGUGCAGGCACUGGCGGUUAUGGCUCCAGAGCAUCCAAAAGAUAAUGAUGCUUGACUUGGCAGACAAGCGUACGUUCAAGCUCACAUUUGGAACUCGGAUGAGUCCUUCUUUCUUCUCCUCCUCUCUCGCUUCUCAAAAAGGAGAUUGGUCUUCAAAUACUCAAAUAAAGUACACACUUUGAGGAUCCAGAAUGUUAAUCUUAUACUAACAUGUCUGAUUAUGAAUGCGAAUUCUUUGCCUGCAUGUGAUUCCAUGAGCCUUAGUAAAUCUUCCAUGGCAUGAGUUCGAAGAUAACAAAAUCUGGAGCCGAAAUAAAGAUUUCGUGCGAAGUGGGUUCUUUGAGAGGAGGGGAUCGCUCUCACCACAAAUUGUUCACCUUCGAAGUUUGUACCCAACAAACUCGAAAUUUUGUUCAUUUCACGAAAGUGAUCAAUAUCGAUACCCAGGAUGGGUCACGUGGCUUUGUGAAUAACUGCGCAGUGCGCAGGUGUGCUAAAACUUUGAUAUAUAAAUAUUCGAUAUUCUUUGAGAUUUCAGGAAAGACAUGGUGGAGAAUGACGAGUAAUUGAUUUUGCCAGGAUUCAUAUUCGAAAGGAUCUGUCUCAUUCGGCAUACAUAUCUUCGUAUGUUGAUUAACAGGGUCAAAACACACGAGUCUUGUUCAUGGAUUGGUGUCAUGAUUAACAGUCUCGAAGCAAAGUAGUUCUACUAACAUUGGACAUUCAUAUUGGAGUAGAUUGAAAUAUUAUGCAAUUGAGACGCUUCAACAAGAAUCAUUCACAAACACUUCUGCUACUGAAUAGGGUGUUACUUCAUGGCAAUUUCAGUUCUUGGCUGACAGCUGAGGCAACCUUGGCUUUGAAGACUUGAGCACGUGCAGAAGUUCAGAGAAGGCCGAGAGAAAUGGGGGGAAAGCAUUUACCUCAAGCAAAUGAGAAAACAAAUCUAUUCAUUCUUUGGUGGAUGCGAACUGAAGUUGCCAAGUUUUCCUUGCCCUUAUGCACUAUCAAAACAAUAUUGGAUCCUGCCCUCCAUUGCGCCCUAAGUGUGUAAAAGUAAUGACCAAGCAAUUGCUUCCGUUCCCUUUAGGCUCAUCUUGAAUAACGGCUCAUAUCGUAAAAUAUCUGAUCAUUCAAUGAAUUUCAAGAUCAGUUAGUCACCACAAAUUCUCUCAUUCUCACAGUGAACCUUUGAUCUGAUAGAUAUAGAUCACAGGCUCCAGCAAGCCCAUGUAUCAUUUUCAAAUUGUAUCCAAUUGGGAAGCACCACAUUGUGCGCAAGAUUUUGAGCAGUGUCAUUAAAGAAAAGCAACUCAAUGGAAUCCUGGAGUGCUCCCAUUUUCAAGCAGCCCUUCCAAGGGACCCGAUUUCAACAGGGCGACGACGCCCAAUUCAGUGCAGUGAUUUCAGCCGAGCCAGAUCCGGAAGUGUCGUGGGCUAAAAACGGAAGUAGGAUCCCCCCCAAUCAUCCCAAGUACCAGAUUGCACACAAUCCUUCGACGGGACUGACCCUUCUGAUGAUCCGAGAGUUUGGACCAGGGGACGAAGGUCAAUACACAUUGACAGCCAAGAAUCCUUAUGGUCAGAUUACAGCCACCCUCAAUCUCAACCCCGAUCCGACAGUCACCCGCUCCAAAGCUAUUUCCAAUCUGAGGAUGCAGAUCCACAAGCAUCAUCAGCAACCGGUGGCGAAUACUUAUUAACCAUUAUUUUCAAUAUGAAGCAAUAUAUUUUAAUUUCAGUUGUG